UAUAGCAUAGGAGAUGAGCAGAUGAGUGUUGAGCUUCGAUAAGAAAGAGAGAGAGACAACUGUGUUUGAGAUAGAGAUAGCUGUUUGAAAGCUCUAUGGAUCCAGACGCCUUCUCGGCGAGUCUGUUCAAAUGGGACCCAAGAGGGGCGACUGCACCACCUCAACGGUUGCUGGAAGUGGUGGCUGCAACCCCGCCGACGUACUCCACAACCACAAGGCCGCUUAGGGAUAUAGGAGGGCUAGACGUGUUGUUCCAGGCGUACGGGGUCCGAUACUACACGGCAGCAAAAAUAGCGGAACUUGGAUUCACGGUGAACACACUGGUGGACAUGAAAGAGGAGGAACUCGACGAGAUGAUGAGUAGCCUCUCACAGAUCUUCCGUUGGGACCUCCUCGUCGGUGAGAGGUACGGCAUUAAGGCUGCCGUCAGGGCCGAGCGUCGACGCCUCUUACUCGAAGACGAAGAAUCCCGCAACCGUCGCCACCACCUCCUCCUACCACCCGACGCUACCAACGUCCCUCUAGAUGCUCUCUCGCAGGAAGGGUUAUCGGAGGAGCCAGUGCAACAAGAGAUGGAGGCGAUGGGGAGUGGUGGAGGAGGCGGCGCUACGUCAGUAUGGGAGGCAGCGGAGAGGAAUAAGCAGCAGAGACGAAAAAAGAGAGCGCCGUGGACGAAGAGGAGGAGUUGUAGUACUGGGGAGGAAGAAGAAGAGGAGGACGAGGUUGAAGGUGGGGAUGAUGAUGAAGAGAAAGUAAGAGUGGAGAGGCAGAGGGAGCAUCCGUUCAUUGUGACAGAACCAGGAGAGGUGGCACGGGGGAAGAAGAACGGAAUCGAUUAUCUCUUCCAUCUAUAUGAACAGUGCCGUGAUUUCUUGAUCCAUGUUCAGAAUAUCUCCAGGGAACGUGGUGAGAAAUGCCCUACCAAGGUGACGAACCAGGUGUUCAGAUAUGCGAAGAAGGCAGGAGCAAGCUACAUAAACAAGCCGAAAAUGAGGCACUACGUCCACUGCUACGCAUUGCAUUGCUUGGACGAAGAGGCAUCCAACGCACUGAGGAGAGCAUUCAAGGAAAAAGGAGAGAACGUGGGAGCUUGGAGGCAGGCUUGCUAUCAACCCCUCGUCGCCAUUGCAGCAAGCCAUGGUUGGGACAUCGACUCCAUCUUCAACUCUCACCCUCGCCUCUCCAUCUGGUACGUCCCCACCAAGCUUCGUCAGCUCUGCCAUGCUGACCGCAAUAUUGCUACUGCUACCUCUGCUGCAACUCUUGCUGGGGCUAGCCCUAACUGUACUGCUCACCACCCACCCUACUAAUCAUUGAUCAAGCUUGCCUUCUGUUACCUUCCUCCUCCUUUUGCAGUUGACACAAGCCCCCUAUUGGCCAAGUGUGUGUUUUGGCUUUGUCAGUUUGGUGGGAGUCUUCUAGUCUUUGAGGGUACCUGGCAAAAGUUAAGCAUAGAUUUGUAAGAUUUAUAUCUUAUAUAUGUUGCUGAUAUCUCAGGUACUAAUUGGUAACUUGGUUUCC